CUCCACUUUUCCCCCCUCCUCUCACUGCGCUCCCACCCCUCCGCCGCUCUCGCGACGUCGGGACUCCUCGGGCGCGCCGCCCGCCGCCGAGGCUUCCCUUCCAUACCGCAUUGCCGCCGGUUAACUUGUGAGUUGUGACGCUGACGACUUGAGGCCAAGGCGAAUUUCAAACAGAAAUCGGCUGCGGGGACAAGAUAUGUAGGGACUCUCUAGCAGAUAGAUGCCAUAUUAUACAGUUCUGUUUAUUAUGGAGACUCGACCAUUCAAGCUACCGAUUACUGUUCUCCUAUGCUGAAAGUAUAGGGGUGGAUCGACCAAGUGCUGGUAUUUGAAGGAUGUUUUAGGGAGUACGAACUAAAAGGAAAUCCUUGGUAUAACUUGGUAAUUUAUCUGCUAAAUUUCUUAUCGAGGGACAUGUUGCAAGAAUUAUCCAAUGAUUCUCUAUAGUUGCUACGAAACAAGGGAGAAGGCAACAGAAUCUUAACUGAUGCAAUACCUGAUGAUGACAUUCAUAUUCGAUUGCCUGUGAAAGCUUCACCCAAGGAGUAAAGGAUUCAAGCCAGCUUCCCUGUCUUAUCUGUGAUAUUGGAGCUGGCAUUGUCACUGUCCUCUUCAUUAAGUACUGCCAGAUAACAGAUGGGUUCAAAAAGCUUAUUAUUGUCAUCAAUACAUGGACAAACUGUGGGACAAGCAUCAGGAGGUUAUUCAUGCGCUGAGAAGUACGAUUGGCAAAACUUAUCCCUUCAUCAAAGUGAUCAAGCAGCAAGGGAGCAACUUGAUCAUGAUGCAACCCUGCACUGCCCUCUGGAUAUGCCUAGCCGGGUAGAAGAUUCUGUGACUGCUAAUGAAAUUUCACAUCCGCCUAGAGGUUCUUAUGAUUUGCAUAGAACUCGGGGAGAAAUUGUGAACUAUAGAUAUUGUAACUGUGAUACAUGUGGUGUAACGAGGUUGGGGGAAUAUACUACAUCACAUGGUCAUGGACGUUCUGAGAUUCAUGGCCCAGGAAAUGGAGUAAGUGGACAAUGCCACCUAUCUUCUUGUUCUUAUGGUGGAUGCCAUGGUAAAGAUCAUGCUUGUGUCAGCAAUACAUCGAAACAGGCUAGGUGCAGCAUUGCAACUGCACUUGAUCCCAUCAGAUCUUACCGGACCAACAGAAGCCCUUCCUUUGGUCAUGGUCAUCAUGGUGCAAAAGGAGCUCACAGACAAAUAUGUCAAGCAAGAAGUUGUAGGAAGAAUUUUUCUGCUAACCAGGGAAGUAGCAGUCAGAAUAGACACUAUCGUGAUGAUAGAUAUCUUCCAAGUAAACAUGACUUCCUGGAUGGUCAUUUUUCUGAGAUAGAUGCAGAAAUGCAUCGCUCUUAUAUGCACAGAUUUCACUCUCCUAGUAAUCAUAAGGGACACUCUUGGAAGGAUGCUACAUUAAAUAUUCCUGUUCACACCUCACAUGGUCGAUCGUGUCAAAGAGAUGAAGAAGAAAGAUCUCACCCGAAGAGACAAGUUAAUGAAUUUCGUUCCCUUCACCAUGAGCAACUUGAGCUCGCUCCCAAUGAAAAAUUUCAUGAAUGCUUGGAUAGCCAUCGGUAUUUCAGAAAUGCUUAUAAUGGCAAGAUGGUAAAAAGGAAAUUUAUAAAACAGGGUUUCCAUGAAAGCACUUACAACGGUGCUGGUGCUAGUAAAUAUGAGAGAAACAGUAGCCAGAAAAGGAAGGCAGGUCAUUUGGGUGGAAAGAAAGCUAGGAAUAAUGUGGCUUAUGAGGAUAAAUCUAAAAGACUUCGCUGGCCCAGUGAAAAGGACCAGAAACAACAGGUUGAGACUGACAAGAGGAGAAAUGGUAGUCUGGAGGGAAACGCUGUAAUAACCAAGUUUGUGGGUCGAGACGGAGGAAAAGGGAAUUGCAAUCCAAAGCAGGAUGCUACAGCUGCUGCUGCGAUUGGCUCAACAAAGUGUGAUGAGAACGCAAACAUGUUAAGUCCCAAGUGCAGCAAAACUGUCGCUUCACUGAACACACCGAAACUGAGUGAAGGAAGUAGUGACAUGGAUCUAGAAUCUGACAAGCAGUCUGAUGUCGAUGGUUGCACUGAAAGAGGUAUACUACAGCAUCUUCCAGUCACCCAUACAGAGAGGAAUGUGGAACUGAAAGAAUCAGAUAAUCUUUCUCAGUCUGAGUCACUACACCAAGAUUGUUUGAUCCUUUGGAGAGCAAGACAAUUAAGAAAGGCUAAUGCUGCUAAGGCUGACAAAAUUGUAAAAGCAGAUCAACGACAAGCUGGACAAAGAAGAAAGGUGUCAACUGGCAGAAGAGUGAGCAAUGGAAGACCUGCUGCUUUUGCUACCUCAGAAAGUGAUAAUGAAGAUGACAGUGCAUUGGGGUGUUCUGAUCAAUUUAGUAGUGCAACAUCAUCUGAUGGGCUACAAAAGUGUGGUGAUGGAAGAGCUAACAAAAAGUUAGAGAGGCCCCUCAAAUUCCCUAGUAACAGUAAAUGCAACAAAAUCCCUCAAAACGCAACUGCUGAGAAAGGACUGGAGUGUAGUCUCAAGCUUCCGCCAGAAGCAAAUCCUCUUGAACUUGCGCAGCAGAAAGAAAAGGAAAAAAUUCUUAACAGGAGGCAAUUAUCGACUGAUCAUCCAGAUGCCAUUGUGCAUGGUGGUUUGAAUGGUUGUUCUGACACUAGUAUGGUGGAUGAAGCUGCUGUUUCUCAUUGUGACAAUCGUGCACAUCAGAAUAUUUCUCAUCAGGAGACAAAUAAUGGUGACAGAAGGAAAGAGAAACUAGGUGUAAAAUGUGAAAAGAGAGCAGAAGGCCAUGGUGUCAAAUGGGCUCAACAAUCUACUAGUUUGUAUACUGAGCCUACAUUGCUGGACCAAGAGACUAUUGCUCGUUGCUCAAUGCAUGGAAAUUUGAAGGUAAAUGCACUAGAGACUCCAAAUCAUGAGAGUGGAAGUACUCCAUUGCAUGGUCAUAUACUGGAUGGAAGAACUGCAAACAUAUGCCAAAAGAAGCAAGUCAAUAGGUCCAGUGGAAGUUACUGUAGAUAUUUCAAAAAUUGGUUAGAUGGAAAUGAUCAUAUAGAUAACCAACAGGAAGCCAUGGAUCGUAAUCUUUUGAGAAAGAAGCAAGUAUGUUCAGUGCUGGCAGGCCCUGAAAAUGAGUUGAACGAGAAUGAUACAAAGGACUGUGAACCUCAAGCUCUUGGUGUUGAGAAUACAUCAAAUCGACAGAUAACCACUGAGGAUUGUACUUCUAACACAACACAUUCUGGUGCUGCUAAACAGGGUGAUUGGAUCCCACGUUCUUGUAUACCAGACUUAAAUUACUCGCCUAGUAUGCUCAGCGAUGAAGAUUUUGUGGCACCUGAGGAACCGGUUUGCCAGGUAACUGCAGGCGGUUUCGAACCUCAGGAUGUUACCAAGAGUCCUUCAGCUUUGUUGACUGGACCAAUUGUAAAGGAACAACAGUAUGAGCAAGCAAAGGAACAGCAGUGUAGGCAACCUGAGGCAACUCAAAUCAUCAGUGAUGUCUGCAAAAAGGAGGGCACCUCUGAAGUGGUCGCUCAGUUGGAGAUCUCUGAAUCUAAUAACGGGCGUCCACAGCGAAGCGCAGUCGAAGAGAGCAGCGUGCCAACAGAUGCAUUCAUGUGUGCCCUGUAUGAGUUUGUCAAAAAUUUCUUAAAGCCUCUGUGGGAAAACGGGCUUGUUUCCCGGGAAGUCCACAAGAUCGUAGUGAAGAAGGCUGUGGAAAAAGUGGCUGGCGCUUGGGCCUCGAAUGCUCCCUCGACAGAACCGGCAAUCUCAAGGAUCCUGUCCGACGAAGCUAAAAAUAUAGAGAGGCUUGUUCAGGGGUACCUGAAUAUGUACGUGGGAAGAGAAGUUCUUAAGAGUUGUCCCUGGUGGUGUCUGAGCGGUCCAGCGAAACGCAAUGCAAGUCGCUCCAUGCGUUCAGGAGGGUGUGAAGCUUGCGACGCCGCUGCGAAGCGACCAUGGUCAAUGGAAGGGAAAAACAAUUAAGUUAUGAGAACUUCAAACGUGUUACCUUCUCUCCUCGUGAUGAGCCAUCUUGGAACUCUGUCUACUCUCACAACUGGGCACCUGUUGAAUCUUAACACAUCAUCAUUGCGGCGGCUAUGGACCAUGUAUAAGUUAAGCAAAUGUUUAUGAAUGUGUAUUAUUAUUAUAUACUUA